AUGCACAGGAAAACUUGUGUCACAGUUACAGAUAGAAAAACGGUGGAGGAAAAAGCCGACCAAAUUCUAACUGCAGCUGCUGCUUCUGACGUUGCUUUCCUUGUAGUUGGGAGAUCCUUUUGGUUGGAAUCUGUGGCUUACUACUCUACCACUAUGGAGAGACAGUUGCAAUUCCAUUCUUCACUGAAAGUCUGUUCCUUUCAUGUUUUGGCUGAUAAGAAAGACCUUAUUACUUCAUGGAGUGCUUCAUUCAUGGCAGAGUUGUAA